UUAGUCCUAUCAUGGGUCGACUCUGAAUCGGAUUUAAUUCUAUCAUGGGUCGGAUCUGUAUCGGACUUUUGCCACUAAUCUAAAUCCCAUCACAUAACAAUUUCAACACAAGCCCAACCCAAUUUUGCCCAAAAAAAUCACUCGCCAAUUUCUCUCUCUCUCUCUCUCUCUCUCUCAUCCCAUCUUCCAUCUUCUUCUUCAAUGGCACCUCCCAAAAAACAAUACCUAACUCUUCUUCUUCUCCUCUCUCUCUUCGCUCUCUUCAUCUUCUCUCACUACUUUCUCUCUCCUCCUCCUUCUCCUUCUCUCUCAACCCCAUCAACCCACUUUCUCCCUCCUCAAAAACCCUCUUCUCCCUUCACCUUCACCAUCAAACUCCUAGCAUACAACCGGCUCUCCUCCCUUUCUCGCUGCCUCCACUCUCUCUCCUCUUCCCACUACUAUGGCGACACCGUUGAUCUCCACAUCUUCAUUGACCACUUCCCCAAUUCAUCUUCCUCUGAUUUGGGCCGGAAUCUUGAAAAUUCCCAUGAAAUCUUGGAUUUUGUUGAUGGGUUUAAGUGGGUUUUUGGGAAGAAGUUGAUCCAUUAUAGGACUGUCAAUGUGGGCUUGCAGGCCCAGUGGUUGGAAGCUUGGUGGCCUUCUCAUGAUGAUGAGUUUGUGUUUGUUGUUGAAGAUGAUUUGGAGGUUUCCCCUCUUUAUUAUAAGUUAAUUAAGGGUUUAAUCUUGAAUUAUUACUAUAAUCAAUCCAAUUUUAGCCCUUCGAUCUUUGGUGCUUCACUUCAGCGUCCAAGGUUUGUCCCAGGUAAGCAUGGGAACAAAAUAAAGUUGGACAGUGAAACCAGGUUCUUCCUUUACCCGUUGGUCGGAACCUGGGGUCAGCUUCUCUUUCCAAGACCCUGGAAGGAGUUCCGCCUUUGGUAUGAUGACCAUAAGGCCAAAGGCAUCAAGCCUGUUCUUGAUGGAAUGGUGACAACAGGUUGGUACAAAAAAUUGGGUGAGAAAAUAUGGACCCCAUGGUUCAUUAAAUUCAUUCAUUCACGUGGCUACUUCAACAUCUACACAAAUUUUCUUUAUGAAAGGGCUCUCAGCGUCUCUCACAGAGAUCCUGGUGUUAACUAUGGGAAGACAGCCGGGCCAGAUUCACAACUGUUGGAUGAAAGUUCCCAUGAUAUCAAUCUUCUGGACAUGCAAUCUUUGAGUGAUCUACAAUGGUAUGAUUUCUGCUUCAGAAGAGUACUUCCUGGAAGAGUUGCAAAGAAACUCAGUGAAGUUAGCCAAAUUCUUCAUACCAUGGAGAAACAAAAACCUGUCUUGUUGGUCAGCGUGUUGAAAUCUUCAGAGACAAUUGUAAAGAAUUUGAUAUGCCAUUUUGAAAGGCUUAAUAUUCAGAACUACAUUUUUAUGGUCCCAAACUCUGAAUCAGUCUCGCUGCAUGAUCUGCCAAGAAGGGGGCAUCCUGUGAUUGUUACAGAGGAUGUAUUUGACAGCAUCACAAGAAGUAAGAAAUCUAGUUCUAUAUUGAUCAAGGAGACAGUGAUAAAAGCUUAUGUGAUCAAAAAAUGUUUGGAAGCUGGGUUUGAUAAUUGGGUUAUUGCUUCCAACAUGCUUCCACUCAUCAGUAACCCACCAUUCGAUUUCACUGACAGCAGCUUCUAUGUUGGUAAGGAUUCAAGACUCUUGGUUGUCAGGAGUUCAUCAUCUUCUCGGGAAGUUUGGGAUGAAAGAUUUGUGCAGAAAUUUGCUGCUACUGUGGAGACGCUGAUUAGACAAGAAUCAUUACUAAAAGAGAAUGGGAAUUUUGUUGAUAUUGUAGAAAAGUUUGCAGAAAAUCAUGUCCUUAGAUUUAAGAGUGUUGAUGACGUAAACUAUAGUUUGAAACUUGAGAGAGUCCAUGGAAAUCAAUCGCUUUCAACAAAUACAAAGGUGAUAUCAUGGUCACCUGAGAUGGACAUAGAUUCAGUGCAUAAACAUCUUGAAGAAUUGGGAUUGUGGAUCAUUGACAGUGACUCUUCUUGCAAAGCUGUGGUCUGUCACCAAUCUUGACAUGAUCACAUACAACUCUUUCUUUCCUCCCUUUUCUGGUCAAUUUUAAUCUUUUAGCAUAGUGUAGGCAUAUUGUUUUCUGUAUGUAAUUUUGUAUGUUGAUUACAUAUUCUUCUUGGUUUACUCUGGUUGUAUACAAAAUGUCAAAAUCAGCUUAGGUUGCCUCUGUCCCAGUGUCGGGCCAUAUUUUGUUGAUGUCUUGAGGAUCAUCUUGUAAAAUUGAGUUAAAAUAUCAUGAGUAUCUAUGAGAUUAUUCUUCAAAAAUCUUUA